CUGUAUCAUGUCACCGAAAAAGUACAGGGCUAACGUUACAGAUUACCUCUUGGAAUGUCCGCAAUCCACGGAAUACAUCGGCAUUCAGCCCUUAGUAAAGGACGUCGGCACUCGCAUGCGCGUUAAUGGGGAAGACUUCGAGGUACAACUUAGAAUUAACACAUUUUAGCUCUGCUUUAUCUUCUUCCUCCUCGAGCUCCAGUAUCAAUUCUAAGAGAAUUUUGCUGAAGACUACUUCUGUUGAUGGAUGAAGUUGAUGGAUCUCGCCUUGGUGUCGUACUAGUAAUAUUCGUUCCUCCAGCUCUGUUCUCUGUCAACAUGAAUUUCAUGGAUUGAAAAACGAACCGCAUAUCAGGCAAACGAAGAGUUGGACCCCGUCCAUUUGGAAGCCGGC